AUGGCAGACGCAACCUUCGAUCCAUUCUUUGCUCACUUCACUUCAGGAGCAGACCCUAUUGAGGUGGGGCAACCCCACUCACGGUCAGGGUCCUUAACGGUCUCGCCUAAGGACACUUUCACAAUGCCGCAGGCGAAGACAUCUACCGAUACAAACGUGUCACCCAGCAAUUCUUUGAAUCAAUCUUCGGGCUUCUUACCAUUCGCCACCGGUGUAGAGCCAUCAGACUUCUGGAACCAGGUCGUCGCUGAUCCGUUGGCUCCGAGCAGUCUAAAUUCAGGUUAUGGUACGGUGGGGGAGAAACAAUCUCUAGGCUUUGCACGAGAGCUCGGCAACAGUGCCAGCGACAAUUCCCAUCCUCACUGGGCGCCGCCAGUCUCGGCUGCUGAUUUUGGUACGGCCUUCAACACGGGUUUUGACUUCGACGCUAUGUGUAAAUCAUUCACGCCGUCAGCCUUGUUUGCGAGUAUGUCGACCAACCCCUUCGACAAGGCAUUCAGACAGGAUGCUGUAUCUCUUUCACCGAAGGAGGACUUCUUCUCUGCUGCUAGCGAUGCAAGUGGCAGUAUCCAUUCCCCAGUUCCUGAUGUUGUGCAGGACGAUGUACCUCGCACUGUGUCUAGGAAACGGAAGUGGAGUAGCUGCUCAGAUCAAAAGAGAACCUGCAUGACGUCGGCUCUGAAGAUACUUCAAGCUCUCCAUGUGCCGCCGCCGGCAUGUUUGUCGACCCAUGAUGAAGAAUCCAUGCCUCAUCAACCCAGAAUGAUCGACUCAGUGCUUUCGACAAAUAAGGAAGUCAUCGAGUCAGUUGCUGAGAUCGCCAAAUGCACAUGUUCUUCGAGCUCUCAGUUGCAACUCCUCCUGGCCAUCAUCUGUGGCAAGCUCAUAUCGUGGUAUCGAGCCAUCAUUCGGAACUACCAGCCAACCAAAGCAUCGACGACAGAGUCAACGCUUAAUAGUGGUGAGGAUAGUGAAGACGGAAUAGAACGUGUACUCCAUCAGCCUGUCACAAUGGGUGGAUAUUCGUGUGACCUCGAACUCGAGAGUAAAAUUCGGGCGCAGGUCGUUUUCAGCGAGCUGCAACAUCUUGAGAUUUUGAUUGAGACCAUCUCGAAAGGUAAACAAGAUUCAGGUGAGGUUGCUUCUCCAGGGAAAGCACACUCCACACGCCUUCCGUCGAAGGAGUCGGGGUUGGGAGAUGCCGUGCAAAAGAGCCUGAGUUCGUUUCUCCAAGGUCAAUUAGAGGCUGCGAAGGCAGACACAACCCCAGUGCUCAAAGGUAUUCGUGUUCCAGCCUGA